AUGACAGAGCCCGAGGCUGGUGGCGCGCCGCCGUCUGCGGCAAAGAAUGCCGUUCUCCAGAAAUCCCAAGAGAUGCCCCCAGAGGCACAGCCGGUUGAGGAGCUCGACUUUGACAAGCUCAAGGGGCCAAUCACCGCCGAGGAUCUAUUCCUCGGUAUGCGCAACAUGGGAUUCCAGGCGUCGUCCAUGGCCGAGGCCAUCCGAAUCAUCAACGACAUGCGUGCGUGGAAAGAUGCCGACUCUGGGGACAAGACGACCAUUUUCUUGGGCUACACAUCCAACUUGAUAUCGUCGGGUCUCCGAGGAGUCCUUCGCUGGCUGGUCCAGCACAACCAUGUGUCCUGCAUCGUCACAACCGCCGGCGGCGUAGAAGAAGACUUGAUCAAGUGCCUCGGCAACACCUACAUGGGCUCUUUCAGCGCCGAGGGGGCUGACCUGCGCCGCAAAGGCCUCAAUCGCAUCGGCAAUCUCGUCGUCCCCAAUGCCAACUACUGCGCCUUUGAAGACUGGGUUGUCCCCAUCCUGGACACGCUGCUGGCGGAGCAGGAGGCCAGCAAGGGCACCGACAACGAGAUCAACUGGACGCCGUCCAAAGUCAUCCAUCGCCUCGGCAAAGAAAUCAACGACGAGCGAUCCGUCUACUACUGGGCAUACAAGAACAACAUUCCCGUCUUCUGCCCGGCCCUGACCGACGGCAGCCUUGGCGACAUGCUGUACUUUCACACCUUCAAGGUCUCGCCGCUGCAGCUAAAGAUUGACCUCGUCGAGGAUAUUCGGAGAAUCAACACCAUCGCCGUGCGGGCAAAGCGGGCUGGCAUGAUUAUUCUCGGCGGAGGCGUCGUCAAGCACCACAUUGCCAACGCCUGCCUCAUGCGCAACGGCGCAGAGUCGGCCGUCUACAUCAACACGGCCCAGGAGUUUGAUGGAAGUGACGCCGGUGCCAGGCCCGACGAGGCAGUGUCGUGGGGUAAGAUUAAGAUUGGCGCAGACAAUGUCAAGGUCUAUCUAGAAGCAACGGCAUGCUUCCCGUUUAUUGUUGCCAACACGUUUGCCAAGGACUUGUAG